AUGGUGGUUGACUUCCCAAGGAUGCAACGUUCCAGCUCUUCGCCAUCUUACGGCUCCUCAUCAGACGCAACAAAGCGACGAUUGUCUGUCGCUUCCAUACUCAACAACGAGCAAGGGUCCAUCGCCACUCCGUUGUCAGCUACUACUAUGGGAUCGGGUCAGAGACGCGGAGAGACCUCCAAACCGGAGCAUCACCCUUCAUCUAUGCCUCAUUACCCAAUGUCUAGUCCUCAAUAUCAGCCGCAGAGUCCUCUUACAACUACAGAGCCAGUGACUAGAUUUCACCGUCCGUCGGCUUACCAUCAGAUGUCGACGCCUUAUGCUACCUCUGCAACCAACCCAAAUUCGCCGCAAGUUGGAUCCUCGAGUCAAAGUGGAGAAACUGGGCCCAGUGGCUUAUCGCAGAGUCCCAUUACAUUGGACUACGGACCACCAUCAUCAGUGUUAGUCUUUAGGCGUGCCCCCCUCACUAGUGAAUCCCAGCGGCGCGAACUCCUUGAAAACGACCCUUGGAGCGACAGGUCUCAACUCACGCCGCAUAGCGUUUAUUGUAGAGGUUGCGGACGUACCCUUGCUCUGGAUAAGAACCCUGCUAGGAAAUACUAUCCUGGUCACUGGAAGCAUCACCGUUCUCGAUGCACCGCCAUCCAGAUCAGGAAAGAGACCUUGGGCUUGCCACAAGAAGACGGGUAUUGGGACUCCUUCGCGACCCAGUGA